CGGGAAGGCGGAGGGGGGGGGGAGCUGCCGCCUGCGCCCGCCCUCAGUCGCGCUUGCGGAGCCGCAGCCGAGCGCAGGGCGCAGCGCUGUCCCUUCAGCACCGCUCCCCCCCGCGCGCCUCAUUACCGCAAAGAAAAAUUAACGGAAAGCUUUCCGCACCACCCGCCGCCCCCCCCCUUCCCUUCCUCGCCUCCGCCUUCCCCCGCCCCCCCCCUUUCCCCCUCCCCACCCCUCGCCGCAGCGCCCGGGCCGAGCCGCCGCCAGUGACCGCGUGGUUUGCAGUCUGGAAAGCAAGGUCCAAGAAUGGUGAAGCUGGGGAGUAAUUUGAACGACAAGAACAGCAAACAACCAUCCAACGAAGAUGGUUUUCAGACAGUUCCUUUGAUCACACCUUUGGAAGUAAAUCACCUGCAGUUCCCGGCUCCGGAAAAGGUAAUUGUGAAAACAAGAACAGAAUAUCAGCCUGACCAGAAGAACAAAGGAAAACUCAGAGUGCCCAAAAUUGCUGAAUUCACAGUCAGUUUCACUGAUGGUGUAACAGAAAGACUAAAGGUCACUAUUCUCAUAAGUCUGGCUCUUGCAUUCCUUGCCUGCAUAGUGUUUCUUGUGGUAUACAAAGCCUUUACUUACGACCACAGUUGCCCAGAUGGAUUUGUUUAUAAGCACAAGCGGUGCAUCCCGGCCUCGCUGGACGCAUACUACUCUGCACAGGAUUCCAACUCCCGGGGCAGGUUCUACACCGUCAUCAGCCACUACAGCAUGGCCAAGCAGACCAGCUCCCGGGCCGUAUCGCCCUGGCUGUCUUCAGGAUCGGUAAACCACGAAGCCAAGGCUGCCAAGACAGAAGGUCAUUAAAGUUAACGAGUGGUGACAGGCGAAGUUGGAGGGUGGGGGGACAACACCAUGUCUAUACUGCAUUGCUCUAGCUGAGGGUGUUGUGCUAACAGCACGACAGGAAUAAAUAAAACCCAAGUGCAGGAGUCAUCUUAAUGGAUAUUUCUUUUCGUGCAUUGUUCUCGUUGAUUUGUAACCGAGUCGAGCUCUUGUACAAAGGCAUGUUUGAUGUUGACUGUACCUUACAAUGUAAAAAUAUUUUUAAAUCAUUGCUUAACUAUUUGUUAGAAAAAGAAAUUAAAAAACAAAAAAAGCAAUUAGAUAAACAGCCAGAGAGAAUAAAAGCAGCAAAGAGAAUCCCGCAAAGUUUUACCAUUGCUGGAAAGCUGUGACAGAAGCUUAACAUGCAGUGAAGGAACAGCUGAAAUCCUUCCGAGAGAGAGGGUAGAAAGAACUUGGUACAAAGACAUUGUGCUGCUGUUUAGCUUGCCAAAGGGGGGAUAUUUUGCUGUCAAAUUGAAUCUAGCAUCAGUGUUCAUUUGCUGACAGAGAAAUACAAGCAUUCCCUCCUCCCUCAAACAUACACACGUGCAAACACACAUGCACACACACCCCUGCGCAGUGGCCUAGGUAAAUCCAGAAAGAUCUAGGCAUUCGUAAUGAGCCGCCACUGUGCUGGUGACCUUGGCUGGGCUCUGAGGCUGAAACCCUGGUUGCUAUUUGGAUAUGGAGCAGGAUGGAAGCAGACAGAGGCUGCUAUAGUGAAAUAAUGAAUAUACUUCUGAGCACAGGACUAGGAGUCAGGAGAUCAGGGCUUUAUUUCUGCUUCUGGCACGGAUUUCCUGCAUGACCUUUGGCAAUUUACAUGAGGCUUCAUCCUUUGGGACCUCUCCUGAGGGUCACCAAGAGACACAGAAAUGCCAUUAUGAAUUGAGGUGCCUCUCGAGAGUGGUGAUAGUAUAGAACAGUAUUGAGCCUCUAACUUUUCAGCCCCUAAUUUUCCCUUGCCCAUGAAAUGGGAUGAUCCUACUUCCCUUCUUCAGCUUCAGAUACUUCAGUAUUUAAUGUCAUUCUAGGUAAUUAGAGAGGGAUGGCUGUAGGAUGUUCUCAGAGUACAAGGGUCCCAUCAAGUCUCUGCUUGCAGACACAGACCAGGCCCCAAGCUUAAUCCAGUCAUGGCCAAUGGAAAACAUCCUCUCCCCACAAAUGGCAUGUGCAAUUAGUGCAGAUUGGUGGGAUUUAAAAAAAAAACAACAAUUCUCUUUUUUCAGGGCUGCAAGCUGUUGCUGCAAAGCAGCUCUGCUCCUUGGUAGCGCAGGCAAGGUGAGACUGAGCAGGAGAAGCAGCGUGCACAGGGAGGGCAAGGUUCACAUUUAACUAAGGCUGCUUUUUCAGAUUUGUGGCUAGACUGGGAUGGAAAUUAGGAACUGGCCCCUUCUUCCCCUGCAUUGGGCAGUUUUGUCCUCCAUUUCGCAUACAUAGACACUAGAGGGUGUAAAUGAGGGCAGAACUCCUCAGUCCUAACAGGCAUCAUGAUAAAUAACUGUAUAGUGUAGCUAAAAAUGUAGUGCCAAAUGCCAUUGUCUGAUUUCCUACCCUUCGUUCCCCUUCCACCUGUAAAUUCAUUUCUCACUGAAAAUGUACAAACCAACCCCUCCACCAACAAUCAAAACUCCAGCAAACCACUGAACAGUUUAUAAUUUUGUGGUGUAUUUUUUGUCAGUAGGUAGCAGAGACUGAAGUAUUUUUUGGUGUAAUUCUUGAACUUUUCUGACGGGAUUAAAAUAAAGCUAGAUGUGACUGAG